AUGGCCGCACGCAAGGAACUGGUGAACUGCUUCAACUGCUCAGCGUCAGGACAAGUCUGUGACCGAACUCGUCAUCGCUGUUUGAUGUGUCUGCAGACGACCAAAGUCUGCCGAGGAUAUCCUCGAGAUCUUCAAUGGCUUAGUGGGGUCAAAUCUCGGGGAAAGGAGAAGGGAAAAGCUCUCAGUGUUGAGACUUCGAGAGGACAAUGGCAAUCCACCACGCCUAUCAAUCAUGCCUUUGUCUUCAAGCAAGGGAAACCGCGAAAAAAGCGUCGGCAGAAUUUCAAGGAGCCCAGCACAACAAGUUUUCUCCAAACUUCAUCUCCAAAAUCUCCGGCCAUCACCGAAAGCAAUGAUUGGUGUAACCUUGCUAGAGCUGGAGUCGAUGAUAUCUUUUCGAUUGAGCUUUCCAAUACCAUCUGGGAUGGACCAGAUAGUGUUUCCGAAGAUUUCUGCGACAUACCUGGGACUUCUAUUGACUGGGCUUCUCUCACAUUAUCUUCUCCCUGUACUACUGUCAACAACACUAUGUCUCUGAUGGUACAGUCUUUCCCCCGGUAUCAAGAGGACAAUCAAGACGAAAGUGAGACCUCAUAUGAUUCUCAAUACUCAGACUUGACUUCGCAACUCUUGUUGCCCUCACUAGAGUCAUCAACACUCCUCACAUGGUACGCAGAAGAACUUUGCACCGUACCAUUGACUUCUGACUUCCAAGAAAAUCCUCUCCGGUGCGAGAGAGUCUCACUGAAUGGCCCAAAAUAUCUUUUACACGCAGUGUUAGCAAUCUCAAUGCAACAUGUCUAUCGUGCGAAUGAUCAGUGUCUGGAUGAAUCAGUUGCGCAGACGAUCAUUUCGUACAAGAACUCUGCCACACAGCUAUGCCAGAAAGCGCUCAUUGAUGCCCGUGGGAGACUUAACACUUCUGUGAUUGACGCAAUACUUGUCCUUUUCACACUGGACACCCUAGAAUCUGCAGAAGGGCCAUGGAAAGAGCGUCUGUCGGCCGCUUUAUGCAAGAUUGCGGCGCUCAAUGACAUUCUUGGUAUCGCCUCAUCUUCAGCACGAUUUCGGGCUCAGCUUGGUCUGUUCAUUUGGUGGGAUUGCAGUGUCGCAUUGGUCGCUCGCUCUGAGCCUGUUUUCCCUUCACAAUACUAUGAUGCAAUCUUGGCUCAUGACGACUCUGCAACCUGGAGCAUUUUUACCCUUUCUGGAGUACCUCGGGAACUCUUCAAGUAUACUCGAGAACUUGCCUCAAUGGCCGCUGAGAAAGAGCAGACCGUCGGCCUCAAAUAUGUGAAGUUCGAUCUGAGCCGAGUUACAGAAAUAAGCCAUUGCAUUCGAGCUUAUUCUGUUGGUCGAACUGAAUAUCCAGGUGCGGCCGACAAUGACGAGCUCGUUCAACAUUGGCAUGAUAUCUGCAACGCAGGCAAUGCAUGGAAGUAUGCACUCUUACUAUAUGUCUCCCGGGUUUUUAAUUGGAAUCGAACCACAGACUCACACCUGGCAGAGGUCACCUCAUUUUCAAGAUUGGUCUUGGAUAGCGUCCGGUGUUGUCGAGCAGACUCGCCAUUACAGAAACAACUCUUGUUUCCUGUGUUUUUGGCUGGUUCAGAAUGUGUGGACCGAUAUGGCCAAGAUUUUGUCACAUUGUUCUGUGAAGAGUGGUAUCGAAAAUGCAGGUACACCAUGUUUCGCGAGGCUUUGGUGCUUCUGCGGCAGAUCUGGGCCCGGCGAGAACAAGAGAUAAAUCCCUUUGGGAUUUGGUGGGGAUUAUUUGUCGGCGGAGGUCAUCACAUCAAUGAAGGCUGUCCAGGUGCCGGAAAGACACAUUUUGCGGCUGAGAUCGACAAAGUCAUCGCCGACCAUGACACCCAUCUCGGUCCCAUUCUCCACGCCUGUCCAUCGAAUGAGAAUGUCAACAGUCUAGCAAAGAAGCUGGGCAGACGCUUGGGACGCUCUCGCCGAGUGAUCCGCUUACACUCCCCUGGAACAGAGCAGCAGCUGACAAGACAUGCCCUCAGAGACAUGAUUCCAGAGCGUGGAGGUCGAAAGCCGCAAGCAGGAUUGCUCGUGGAUCCCAGCGAUUUGGAAAUCAUUCUGCGUCGCGCUUAUGAUGAGCAUCACACCCAGAAAUUUGCAGGCGUAAAUGACAAGCGCGUUGCGGAUGUCAAUCAAUCUCUUGCCUACCAUCUGGCUCGCUACGUUGGCGUGAUUUAUGACGAAGAUUUGACGGCCCCGAAUGCGGAGGAAAUUUUUGAGGAUUUUCGUCAUCAAUUCUGCCAGGACUACACCGCACUGGUGACCGCACUUUCGACGGCAUGUGACAACAUGAUGCUGGGCAAGGUCCAUGGCAUUGAGCGCCUGCAUGCCGGUACUGUUGACUCACUCAUUGGACAAGAUUUCAACCAUGUCAUUUUGGUUAUGCCUAUGCAGAGAGAAGGACCCGGAUUCUUGGCAGACGGCCAUCGCAUGUGCAUGGCCACCAGUCGGGCAAGAGACUCACUCACAGUCUUUGCCACUCUUGAGGAAUCCACCAAGAUGAAGAAACCUCCAACCAGAUUGUGCAAGUUCUUCGACCUGCUGGAUAAGUACGGUGGUUUCAGCACCAAGCGGAAGUUCUCGAUCCGACGCAACGCACUUGCACCAAUCGAACCUAAGUUAUGUAUUUCUCUGUCGACACCGGCUGCAUCUCGCAUCAAACAACACAACUGGAACGAGGUCAGGGAGGGGAUCUGGAAGUGGAGACCAAAGUGCUGA